AUGAAGCUCCUGUGGAACAUCGCAUCAAAUCUACUGUGGACCAAUGACUCGAAACUCCUGUGGAACACCGAGUCAAAACUCCUAUGGAACAACGAGUUGGAAAUCCUGCGGAAUGACGAAAUGAAACUCCUGUGGAAUAUCGAAUCAAAUCUACUGUGGACCAAUGACCCGAAACUCCUGUGGAAAACCAAGUUAAAACUCCUGUGGAACAACGAGUUGGAACUCCUGCGGAACGACGAAAUGAAGCUCCUGUGGAAUAUCGAAUCAAACCUACUGUGGACCAAUGACUCGAAACUCCUGUGGAACACCGAGUCAGAACUACUAUGGAACAACGAGUUGGUACUACUGCGGAACAACGAAAAGAAGCUCCUGUGGAACAUCGAAUCAUAUCUACUGUGGACCAAUGACUCGAAACUCCUGUGGAACACCGAGUCAAAACUCCUAUGGAACAACGAGUUGGUACUCCUGCGGAACGACGAAAUGAAGCUCCUGUGGAAUAUCGAAUCAAAGCUCCUGUGGAACACCUAG